CCAAUCUUCAAUCUCCACUCUAGAUCUGCCGUCUCUCGAAUUGUUCCUGACAUUGUCGCAGUUAUGAAGUCAAUUCAUCAAUUGGCCCGCCGGCAGGCAUUGACCGGCCUCGCAAUGCCCCGCGUCCUGUCCACCCAGAACAUUGCUGCCAGCCGGACAUGGCAGAGAGCCUUCAGUGCUUCUGCGCCGGCUGCUUCACAGCUCCCUGGUCUCGACCCUUCGAAGUUGACUGUCACCAAGACCACCACUCCCAAGGAGCCUAUGGACUCGAAGGAUCUUGUCUUUGGCAAGUACUUCACAGAUCAUAUGCUUUCCGUGGAGUGGACCGCUACCGACGGGUGGCACGCACCCAAAAUUGUCCCUUACCAGAACCUAAGUUUGGAUCCCUCAACUUGCGUGUUUCACUAUGCGUUUGAAUGUUUUGAGGGAAUGAAGGCAUACAAGGACAGCAACGGCGGUAUUCGUUUGUUCCGUCCUAACAAGAACAUGGAGCGUCUGAACAAGUCUUCUGCGCGUAUUGCCCUACCUACCGUGGAUGGUGAAGCUUUGACAAAGAUUAUUGGUGAAUUUGUCAAGCUUGACAGUAGAUUCAUCCCCGAUGCUCGUGGCUACUCCCUGUACCUGCGCCCUACCAUGAUCGGCACACAGAAGACCCUGGGCGUUGGCCCACCAGGAUCCGCACUACUGUUUGUCAUUGCCAGUCCCGUCGGUCCUUACUACCCAACUGGCUUCAAGGCCAUCUCCUUGGAGGCCACUGAUUACGCCGUCCGCGCCUGGCCCGGUGGUGUUGGAGACAAGAAGCUCGGAGCCAACUACGCUCCUUGUAUCCUUCCCCAACUCGAGGCGGCUUCCCGUGGCUUCCAGCAGAAUCUGUGGCUCUUCGGCGAGGAGGAAUACGUUACCGAGGUCGGGACUAUGAACCUCUUCAUCGCUCUGAGGAACAAGGAGACUGGACAGAAAGAGCUUAUCACUGCUCCUCUUGACGGUACUAUCCUGGAGGGAGUCACUCGUGACUCCGUCUUGACCCUUGCCCGCGAGAGACUUGAGCCCCUGGGCUGGGCCAUCAAGGAAGAAAAGAUCCGGAUGUCUGAGGUGGCUGAGGCUUCUGCGGAGGGCCGUAUGAUUGAAGUCUUCGGUGCAGGCACUGCAGCUAUUGUCAGCCCUGUCCGCAACAUCAGCUACCGGGGUAAGAUGGUCGAUUGUGGCCUCAAGAAGGACGAGGAGGCUGGUGAGAUCGCUCUCCAGAUGAAGAACUGGAUUGAGGGUAUCCAAUAUGGUGAUGAGAAGAACCCCUGGAGUGUGGUGAUCUAA